AUGAACCAAGAUUUCUAAUAUAAUCAGGCCUUAGUUUAAGAUGAAGCUCAAUUUGUAAUGCAAACUUAGGGAUCAUGCAAUCAAAAUGACAGAAGUAACAGUUUGAGGGAAAUCAAGAAAAUUUUAGAUGAAUACCCUCACACAAAUGUUGCAAGAAUCAUCUCUUUUUCAUUAAAUGCUAAUAAUAUGAUAACAUCAUAAAAUGAAACUAGUGAUUAUACUUUGGAAUAAUAUUUCAAGGUCAGAUAAAGUUAUUGGUUUUCUAAAGAAGAAAUCUAUAAUAUGAUUGGAUAGAUUGUGUAAGGGUAUAUGCAUUUGAAGAAUUUGUAAAUAGUUCACAGAGAUUUGAAUCCAAGAACUAUAUUGGUCAAGCGGGUUUUAGAAACAAACAAUGUUAUCAUUAAAAUUUCUGAUUUUGAAGUAGCAUCCUAUAAAUAACCCAGAAUGAACGAGCCAUUUGGAACUCCUUUUUAUAAGGCUCCUGAAAUUACUCAAAUUACUCAAAAUGCUGAUUAUGAUGAUCAAUGUGAUGUUUAUUCUUUAGGAUUAAUAUUAUAUUAAAUGUGCUUUAAGAAUUAAUACCACAUCAAUCCCAUUACAUAAGGUGAACUUGAUAAAUUUAAUUAUCAACUCAAAUUUAACAAAUUUAGAGUCCCAGAUCAAUCAAUAGAUUCGGCGUUCAAACAAUUAUUAGAGAAAAUGAUAGUGUAUGAUCCAAAGGAUAGGAUUAGAUGGUUUGAUCUAGCUAGCAUGCAAGUAUUAUAACCCAACUUCUUGGCUUUCUAAAAUAAAAAUAAUACUAGAUAAUAUUACAUAGAUUUCUAAAAAUCUUUAGGUAGAGGAAAUCAAGGAUGCACUUAUUUAACUUACGAUUUGCUUAAUAAGAAUACAGAAUAUUGCACUAAAUAAAUAGAAUCCAAUAACAUUGAAGGACAAAGAGAAUUAGAAGCAUACAAAAUAAUCAAGGACAAUCCAUAUUGUGAAAAUAUUAUAAAGAUUGAAGAUAUUAAAGAGGAUCAACCAUUUACAUAUUUAAUCAUGGAGAAAUGUGAUAAAAACAUUGAGUAAUAUUUCAGAGAGAAAUCUUUUGAUUUAUCACAAUAGGAUGUCUUCGAUAUUUUAUAGUAGAUUGUUACAGGAUACCUUCAUAUACUUAAAUUCAAUAUUAUUCAUCGGGAUCUAAAACCUCAAAAUAUUUUACUUAAAUACAAUACACAAACCAAUAAGCCUAUUCUCAAAAUUAUUGACUUUGGAGUUGGUAAGGUGCUCUAACAACCUAAAGAGAUGACCACCACUUUUGCAGGAACACCAAUUUAUACUGCCCCAGAGAUCAUCUUUGCUCAAACCUAUAAUAAUAAAUGUGAUAUUUUCUCGCUGGGAGUAAUGUUGCAUUAACUUGUUUAUGAAGGGGCCAAUUAUUUUCAAUCUUAGCCAAAUAGUAUAGAAGAUUUAUAGCGAAUUUUAAUGAAUAUGAAAAUAACCCCGGUAUCAUGCCGAAAACCAUACAAAAAUUUUUCCAAUAAUUUCUUAUAAUUAAUAGACAAGAUGUUAAAGUUUGAUUAAGACGAAAGAAUCGAUUGGGUAACAUUAAAUUAAUCUUUAAAAGACAUAAUGUAACCGAGAAUUAAAAUUGUCUCUAUAAUUAAUUCUAACUAAGAUUAAGAAUCCCAAAAUCUAUAAUAAUAAUAAUCAUAUUAAUAAUAGUAGUAAUAACAAAUUUAAUAUCAAUAAUAAUAAUUUUAAUAACAAUAAUAGCAGUAACAAUAGCAAUAAUAACAAUAAUAGCAGUAAUUACAAUAAUAGCAGUAAUAACAAUAAUAGCAGUAAUAACAAUUUUAAUAGUAAUAAUCGUAAUAAUUACAAUUUUAAUAGUAGCAAUAGCAAAUUUAACAGUUGCCUCCCUAUUAAGCAUCAUAAUAAAAUCAAUAUUAAUAGCCUCAACAAUAGUAAAAAUUCUAACCUUAAUAGUAAAAAUAAGAAUAACUAUCUUAAUAGAUAUAGCAAAAUUAAAAACCUUCAUAGUAAUAAUAGAAUCUAUAAUAAUAAUAAUCAUUUUAAUAGCAGCAAUAAUAAUAAUUUUAAUCAUAGUAAAUAGGACAACCUAUAUAGAACUUUUUAUUAACCAAUAACAAUUCAUAAUAAUUCCAAUAAUCAACUCAAAAAAUAAAUAGUGUAAUGUAAAAUCAAUAAUAGUUACCUAAUUAACCACCAACAUUUAAUAAAUUUCCAACAGACAAUAACACAGUAUCGAAAUCUGCAUUGAGAACAACAACAAUUCCAACCUCUUCCUUACCAUUCUAAUAGAAUGGAUUUAUUUAAGCUCAGCAGCCCAAUUUUUAAAAAAGUCCUUAAACCAAUUUUAAUCCUAUUAUUUAAUAAGAAAAGAUUAAAUCCCUUCCAGACACUACUAAUACUUCCAAUAAACCUAUUUCUUUUGAUUUGAAAAGUUAAAAUUCAACUGUGAAUCAAAGACUUAAUACAUAAUCAUGUUAGCCACCAAUACCACGUCAAACCUUAAAUGAAUUUUAAAAAAUCUAAACUUAACCAUUUUAGCAAUAAUUAAAUAGCAAUCCCAUAAUAACAAAUUAGAAGGUUUAACCAAUCCCUGCUCCUUAAUUGCCUUUGAAUUAACCUUCAUUUUCAAGUGCUAGAGCUACAAUUUCAUAUACCCCUCAAAAUUAUACAUAGGACAUAAACAAAUUUAAUCCAUAAACACCAACAACUAAUGUAUUUCAAAAACAACCACAACCUAAAGAAAUGUAACAAUUUUGUGACUUCUUUAGAAAAGCUGCCUCUUGUUUCUCAUCUAAAAUUUCUUUAUUAAGUUUGUAACCUGCAUAUUUAGGAUUUUUCUUAUGCAUUUCAUAUUAUAAAAAAGAAAUUAAGAAAUAUUCAAAGACUGACAAAUUUAAUGAAGAUAGAGAAGAAAAUUAAAUAAAUUAAGAGAUUGAUGAUGUUAAAUAAAUGAUUAAUAAAGUGGAUAAAAAGAAUGCGAGAUUGGAAGAUUUGAAAAGAUUAGUCUAAAAAUUAAACAAAUCUCAAAGCCUCAUUGAAAUUCAGACUGCUUUUUUUGAUUUUUAUUAAAAAAAUAUAGAUAUAUUAUCUGAUGAAGAUAAUAGAAAUAAAGAAACUCAAGAGUUGAAUAAAAUAAUUUAAGAAAUGCAAUUAUAAUCUAAAGAACUAUGUUCAAAUAAAUAUUUAAUGGAAAAUUAAAAUUAGAAACUUUAAUUCAAUAUACCACUUAUGAUUAAUAUUUGA